UUGUAAUGUUUGUUACAGUGGCAGGGCAUAGCGACAUAACAUGAACUUUGGUCUUUUGUUGUUUUUCUCUUUUUUUUAAGGCUUUUGUUUUCAUAAUUGCACUGAAUAGUUGCCUGCAGUUCAGCUUCACCUGUUACUCUCCCUGUCUCUCUUUGUGUCUCUUCGUCUCCUUUCAUCAACACGCUUGCUUUUAAUCUCAUGUUGUCUUGCCUUUAACCCCUGGUUUUGUGUGGAUUCCAGGUUACAAAGUUCAGGGUGUGUUGGUCUGCAGCAGUCUGUAAGGGCUGAUGCCUAAUCUCUCCCUGAGGUUUUCACUUGUUCUCUGAGAAGGAGCAGGUUUAAAGCAAGAGUUGAUGGCUUUUGCAUACUGCCGACGGUAAACGUAUGAAGUCAUAUUGAUUGAUCAUGGGCUGUGUCUACAAAUCAUCUCUGAGCUACAGCAGUCAUGAUGAAUGUUAAGGAGCAGGAUGAUAUUGAACAGCCACGCCCUCUGACUUUCUGACUUUCAUCGGACAACAAGGCUACAACGCAUCCCUGUGCGUCAUCUCAGAGCGGAUGAGACAAGGUCCAGGAAAAGAAAGAAAAUGACCCAACUCUUACGUCAGCUGAUUAAGUCAACUUCCUUCCGAUAAUCUCUCUUGUCCGUGUCUCUUGUUCACACAAGUCCAUGUUUGUUCUUCCUGCGGGCCCCACAUGGAUUCGUUCAGCUUCCCCCUUGAGAGGAUGAGCAACCUGGACAUGCACCCCCUGAGUUUCCCCAUCAGUAGGUUAGCCCCUGCAAAGUCCUCCAGUAGCAUCGACCAGUACACCCACCACCACGGCAAGGGCGACUCUGCCUACAGCUCGUUCUCUGGUGGCUCCAACGCGCCCGAUCUCUCCUCUCCCUUCUUCCCCGACGACUUUCACGCCCACGGCCUUCAUUAUGCAGACUUUAAGUACAUGAACUCCGCAUUUAACUUGGCCGGAGAGUCCGAGCCCAAAAGCAUGGACCAGCUGUACCGCUCCAUGGAAGCCUUCACGACGCAGUGCAACCAGGAAGAUGCCACCCACUGCAGCAAUGGCAAUCAGCAAUGUAGCAAAAAACAAAUGUCCCCCACGAUGUCUCUUCCACCCCCACCUCCACCACCGCCUCCUCCACCUACUCGGCUUGAAAGCCUGGUCACCAUCAGGAAUAUGGAGAACCUUCUAUCACGACAAGUCCCCGAAGGGCAAAUAGCUGACAGGUCGCACCAGAGGGCCUAUACAUCGCCAGCACCACCACCGCCACCACCGUUUUUUCCCAGCAUUACUGGCUCAGGCCCUGACUCAGCAUAUUCCUUCCCGGUCCCCCAGACUAUCCAGGGUGAUCCAGUGAACCGAGACGCCUCUGGUCAGCAGAAGUCAGCAAACACCUUAAGCCGAUUGGCCCAGAAGUACCCGAGCCCGGCGGUGGAGCAUGACAGCCAACCGGCUGGUCAGCAGGGUCACGUCGCCCAAGGAGACGCACAGCGCAAGAGGGCACACUCUGCCCACGCCGCCCUGCCUCCUGUGCCCAUACGGCCAGCCGACUCCUGGCAGCAGCCUCCUCAUCCUUCUCCUCCGAGUGCGAUCAAUGGGAGCAUCCAGCACAAGGGGCACUUCUACUUUGUGACCGGCGUUUGCAAGACGGAAGGACCACCCGGAACCAAGCCAGUGGCUCACAUGUCAGAUAACUCUGGUGUUGAUUCGCGUAAGCCUGUGGAGAAAGAGAGAUUCCAUGUUCCAGAUGGUGGUAUGCAAAGAUCCACCAAUCAUAGACGUAACAGUUAUGACACACUAAGUGAAAGGGAGCAUUUCCCCCGUGCCCAGGAGCUGAGUGUGAGGAAGCAAGAUGCCGAUGGGUACUUGGAUAAUGCUCUUCUCGGUAGCAAACAGGCGCCACACAUUUCUGAUGCCCAAGAGCCAGGGCAGAGACUCUUAGGUAGGGAGAUCACAGGCAGACAUCACAGUUCUGCCCAUCCAAUCUUCUACUGUGGCCCUGAGGAAAGUGUUCCACACGUGCAGCCAAGUGUCCCACAACCAACUCCUAUCCCGCCUCCUGUGGCAGAGCCGUCCAUUCACACAGAGAAGCAAGAGGAGCAAGCGAGGAAGCUCAGGAAGCAGCCUUUAGAUGUGGUGCCCCGUGAGAAAAUAAGCAAGGAAAAUACCCCUCUGCUCUACCACCUCACAGGGGCCAACAGAAUGGCACUCAUGAACAAGUUCAAAAACGAUUCUGACUCCGGAAUGAGCUGUAGGAAUCCAGAACGGAACAGUGGAGCCCCACAACAGCCAGAGAAAGAGCGAGCCAACUCGAAAGAAGUAAAAGGCACAAGCAUCUUCAGUGACCAGUGUGAACACUCUAAAAUGAAGACACCUGUGGACAAAAAUCUGGACAACUUGUCUUAUCCCACGCUGGACGAUUCCUUUAAGAAAUACUACAAAGAGAAGCUAAAGGACGUCCAGUCCAGAGUGCUCAGGGAGACUUCUUUCAAAAGGAGGGACCUGCAGCCUCACAAGACUAAACAGAAGCGUGAGCAACAGCAGCCUGUCCUCCAGGUAUUCACUUCCGCCCAGGACCCUCUGUACACAGUGGACAAGCCGAGUCGUCUGUGGUCACAGCACCAGUCACAGGUGUCCGAUACCAAGAGUAGGAAUGACAACCCCAGGGAGAAGACCUGGGAGCCAGCUGGAGGAGAGAGUGAAAAAACAUUUGGGAAGGAGAAAGAAAGGAAGUCUGCCCAGGAGAAUGAAUUGCAUAGUGUGGAUAUAAGGGUUGAGGAUGGUGAGGAAACAAGGAAAGUCCCCAAAGUAGCCCAGCCACAAGUGGCGCGCAUCGGAGGCCGAAAGCGGCUAACUCAGGAGCAGAAGAAGAUGUGCUACUCCGAGCCGGAGAAACUUCACAAGUUGCUGGAUGCACCUACCCACAAGCCCUCGCACUCGCUGGGCAACGAGGCAGAGUGCCUACUCACGGACGAUGACCUGGGAGACCAGGGUCUGGUGGCUGCCCGGAGGAAGCUGUUUGAGACACGGGGUCGCGCCUUGUCUGCAUCCAGCCUGUCCAAGACCACCCUGAAGCACCUCCAGCACAAGGCCCUCGUGGCCUACAUGGAGCGGAAGACAGGCCAGAAGGUGUCUGAGCCCCAGCAGCCUUGUUCUCAAGUGACUAGCCAAAGGCACUCCACAUCGGGCAGGACCUCUGACUGUGGCCCCAGGCUUCACCACGGCAAUGGAGGCUCGAAGAAGAAACUCCACAGGCCCCUCUCUGCCGGGCGCAUACUGGACUCUUCCUCUAGCUCCAUCCGGUAUGCCCAAUUCGGUUCCACGUCUUCUGGUGAGCAUUCCCGACAGUCUAGCUGGAAGGACGUGCCGUCGGCGUCUCCAAGUAAAGCCGCCUCUGUGGAGAGUCUGCUGGAUCAACCAGAACUGUCCAGAUUCUACCGCGCCCGCUCCAAGUCAACACCUCAUGCCCUCCAGGAUUCCAUUAGCAUCAGUGAUGCUUCAUCAACAGAUUCAUCAAGCACUCUGAAAGGAGACGUGAACACAGUAGCGGGUGUCCCCCAGACUGCUGCUGUUGCUGCAGUGGUUCCCGAGGAACGUCGCCGGGUGAUGGCCCCGCGAGGGAAGUCCAUGGAGGAGCUGGGUGUGUCAAAGGUCAUCAGGCCGGCGUGUCUGAGCCGGAGCUCAGAACAAUUGGACCAGCUCCGCAGUGGCAGUGGCCGUAUGCCUAGCUCAGCAAACCCCAGCUCUUACCAAAGCAGAGAGAAGAGGAGUGUAGCAGCGUCAGACAGGGUCCAGCUUGGUGAAUGUACACAGAGGUGGACCGGGCACCAGGAGGGCUGGGCGGAAGCCAUGCAGAUGGACAUUCAGCACAGCAGGGGUGAUUCCACCUCCAGUGUUGGAUCACUUCCUGUAGGCGCAGGGGCACAGCCUGACUUGGCACAGUCCUCUGGCCUGGUGUCGACAGGAACAGAGACAAAGCCCAGAGGGUACCCAGUGGAGGGCAAACCUCUGCCAAGUCUGUAUCCGACAGAGGCUCCAGUGCCCCCUCGUAUGAAGGAGUGGAGUGAGGUGAAGCAGCCAGACUCCUCUCAUGAGGUGGCCCUUAGUCACGGUGUGACCACCGACCCUAGUCUGUGGCCUUCUCCACCGGGUGAUGAUGAUGACAGAGAAGAGGAAUACAAUGCCAUGGGAAUGGAGACAAUGCACAAUGUCCGGUUGUCACAGUCCGAGUCUCCCAGGGCAACUCCGGUCACUGAGGCCAAUGCGAGUGUGGGGGAGAAACUAGAAAGGGAGAGGGGGGAAGAGAGGGAGGAAGAGAGCCAGCAGGAGCGAGAGAUGAAAGACAGGGAACAGGAAGUUGCAUCAGUGGGGGGAAAUCGGACAGAAGAACCAGAGAGGAACGCCCCUCCACCACCACCACCACCACAGCAGCAGCAACAGCAGCAGAAGACACAGUGGGCGGCUCUGGUAGAGGAAGUGGCCUCCGCCGACCAAUUUCUGGCAGUCUUACUGCGCCCUGUGGCCAAUCGCAAGACAGCUCUGAUGCUGAUGGAGCAGCUGCUAUCUGAAGACACCCUGCUGAUGGAGGAGCAUUACAAGAAGAAGCAAGAGGAAGGGAGGGCCUCUGGUCUGGAGGAGAAACAGCAGCAGGAGGAGGAGGAGGAGAAGAGGGCCCAGAGGGCAAGUGCUGUUGAGGAGCAGCCUGGCCUCUCCCCCAGUCCCUCUGAAGAAGUGUGCUCUGAGCCUCAGCAAAACGGUGCUGCAAGUCUAUCUGGUGCUGAUGUGAUUGAGAAAAAGAGGCAGCUGCUGGCCUGUGUGGAGGAGCGUCUGAGUGCUCUGGGGGAGCAGCGCUGCGUCUUGCAGCAGGAGGAGGAGGAGAAUGGGGCGCGCGGGGCGGCCAUUACGGCCCUGGUGGCCAAGCGCUGCAUCCCCGCCGAGCAGGAACGCUACUCACUCUUCAUAGGUGACCUGGAGCGCGUGGUCAGCCUGCUGCUUUGCCUGUCUGCCCGACUGGCACGCGUGCAGAACGCCCUCAGCGCAGUCACCGAGCACACGGACGAAGAGGAGAAGCAAUCUCUGGACAACCGCCACCAUCUCUUGUGCAAGCAGCGGGACGAUGCCAAAGACUUGAAGGACAACCUGGACCGGCGCGAGCGUGUGGUCUCCACGUUCCUCUCCAAACACCUGACAGCUGCCGAGCUCCAGGACUACCGGCGCUUCGUCCAGACCAAGGCCUCGCUGCUGAUCCGCCAGAAGGACCUGGACGAGAGACAGCGUCUGGGAGAGGAGCAGAGGGACGCCCUGCUCAACAGCCUCCCUCCUUAGAUGGGAUGGGGGGGUCAGGGUGUGUGUGUGUG